UAUUGAUUUCGGAAGUCACUAAAGGUACCAACAAGGAAUACUCCUUUCUUAUUUUCAAUUCACAGAUGAACUUCAGUAACAAUUCAAUACGCUGCCAAGAUACUCUAGCCCCAGUCUCCCUUAGUCACUUCUCACUGGUCACGUGCUUUUUUCUCUGCCUAUGUAUCGUUCCUGGAAAURUUAUGGUAUGUGUAGCAGUGCUCAGRGACCCAAACAGAAAUCUUCGCAGUCAUUUUACGCUGUUAAUUGCAAAUCUUGCCAUGGCUGGCUUAAUAGCAGGAUUGGUCACCGUACCAAGCUCGAUAUCCUUCAUUUUGCUAAACCUCCAAGGCAGUCACCCCCCUGAAUUCCUAGUUUACACGAUUCAUUUGAGCUACUUUAUAUCAGUAGAAKCAUCAGUUCUGACACUUGUGGGACUUACAAGCGAUCGUUAUCUGGCUAUAACAAAGCCUUUGUGGUACAGAUCUACUGUUAACCCUGCUAAYGCCACCUUAAUAUCCUUCCUCGUAUGGACAUGCGCAGUGGGGUUCUCUCUAGUAUACCUACGUAUUGGUUUUACUCUAUAUUCCUUCAUUUUUACAAACACUGCAGUGGUUUUUGUCUUCAUUGUMUUYGUAUUUACGUACGUUCGCAUUUUCAAGGCAAUACAUGCGCGCGUGGACGAGGUCCUCUCUCUCGAUGUUAGCAGCCCUGACAAAGAUAAACAGCAACGUGAAGCAUUAUGGGAGAAGAAACUCACGAAGACGUAUUUACUAAUGUUGRUUUAUUUCUUGGCGUGCUAUGUGCCUUCCUUAUCAUUUAUUUACACCCAGCAUUUCUGUUUCAACUGCACUUGUGACACRAUUCAUUGGCUAAGGGAUUUACAGUUCAAUACAGUUGUACUAUCAAGUGCUAUUAACCCGUUUUUAUACAGGUCUCAGCUGUCGAAUUUUCGCCGUGCAUUUACGGAAAUGAUGAAAUGUUGURCUUGUAAGACAUUCGAUACCAAGUUAUGGCGAGGACGAGCUAGAAUAGGAAGCAAAGAUACAGAAAGUUUGGGAGUCAUUGCGUUGUCGCCGAUUUGYGGGGUUCAAUUUGCAGAGGACGUGSCUACWGUGAAAAGCUAAAUACAGCAAGAGCGCCGAUCCAAUAAGGGUCGAUCUAUUAGGGUGUCUGGCCACACCUCUUUUUAGGGUUCAAAUAGAAAUGGAAAUUACGACACAAACUAAUAAAGAAGAAAUAAAUCUAAAAAACUAUACAGAAAUACUUAUUUUUAUGAAAAUAUUCGUGUUUGAAUUAACUUUGACCGA